AUGUCCAGUGUGUAUGACUGUGUUCAAACUCCGAAGAGCUACAGAGACAGAGAUCAUAAUCUAGGUCCCUAUGCGUUCCGCUACUUCGUGCUGGUUUGCUUGUAUCCUUGUCUUGUACUAGUCGAUGCGAUCAUGGGCUGUGGACCAAAAGGGCAGGCGCCAAAGCGGCUUUGGGGAACUUGCUUAGCUUUGUGGGUGGCGAUCAAGUUCCAGAUUUGCGGCUUGAUUGGUGCUCCUUUUGCUGUUGCUGGGUACUUGUUUCAGCCUAUUGCCGAAUCAGUUCUUGGUGUGGUUUAUGAUUACGUGCACGAUUCGGAACUGGUCCUUUUGUUUGGGUUGCUAGACUUCUGA